AUGUCAUCUUGUCUAGGCGCAUCGCUUCAGUCUGAAGCUGCAAAAGUAGAUCAACCACUUGCAGUGAUUAGCCUCUGUCCACGUCCUGAACUUCGCACGUGGCGUUUGACAGCGUCUGGAUUGGUGGAAAUAACUGAAGGGAAUAGAGUUCAAAUGGGAGCGUUCCUCGACAAACCAAAAACAGCCAAGACAAAUUGCUCUGGAGAGGGCAAUGGUCUCCGUUACGCCAUGGCUAGUAUGCAAGGUUGGAGGGUGGACAUGGAAGACGCCCAUGUAGUUGAAGUGUCAAUGGCAGAUCGGGAGCCGUACAAAGACUGGUCUUUUUUCGCAGUAUUUGAUGGCCAUGCUGGUAAUGUUGCCGCCGAUGAUGCUGCUGAAAACAUAAUGAAAAGUCUUAUGGACACCCCACAAUUUGGAAAAGUCACGGAAGAGCUAAAAGCGAAUGGUGGUGUCCUCUGUGAAAAAUCUAUCAACCUCCUUGAAGACGGAAUUAAAGCUGGUUUUCUUAGCUUAGAUGAAAAUAUCCGUACAAGGUUAAACUCGGAUCGCAGUGGCUCAACCGCAGUGUGUGCCAUGAUAACUCCAACACAUAUUAUUAUUGCCAAUCUUGGAGAUUCUCGUGCUGUUGUUUCUCGUAAAGACGAGGGUUCUUUUGGAACGGAAGACCAUAAGCCGUACAACGACAAAGAACGAGAGAGGAUUAUUGGUGCUGGAGGAUCUGUCAUGAUCCAAAGGAUAAAUGGUAGUCUCGCUGUUAGCAGAGCUCUAGGUGAUUUUGAAUACAAGAACGUUCCGGGACUUGAACCAAACAAACAGCUAGUGUCUCCUGAGCCAGAUGUUUACGUACUGGAGAGGCAAAAGGAGAAAGACGAGUUCCUUGUGGUCGCCUGUGAUGGAAUUUAUGACGUGAUGGAGAAUGAAGAACUUUGUCGGUUUGUUGAAAGUAGGCUUCAUGUUUGUGAUGACUUGAAUCAGGUCUGCAAUGAUGUGCUUGAUGCAUGUUUAAGUAAAGGAUCACGAGAUAAUAUGACAAUGAUUGUUGUGUGUUUUGAAGCUGCUCCAUCCAUUGAUAAGGAAAAAGUGGCUUCGGAGGAAACAUGGAAGGCUCAGAUGUUAACGGCUAUUAAUGGUGAAAACCGAUUUCGACUGUUGUCUUGCCUUUACAUUGCUUGA